AAGAAUGUGACAAACUUAUCCCUUAACAACAAUAAAAUUGUGACUAUUUCUUCUAGAGCAUUUGCAGGAAUGGCUAAAUUAAUCAGUUUGUAUCUAAAUGCAAACAACAUCUAUAAGCUAUCCAAUGGAACUUUUCAAAGUUGUGGUCGUCUUAAAAUUCUGAACUUGUCUAAAAAUAACAUAAGUUUCAUUGAAGGCGGGACAUUUUCAUCUAUGGCUUCUUUGGUUGACUUGGAUCUACAGGGGAAUAAACUACACCACUUGGAGCCCGGUUUGUUUCGUGGAUUGACGCAUCUGAAAUACCUCAACCUUAGCUAUAAUGAGUUAGAGAGCCUCCCGCUUGGACUUUUUGAUGAUCUGACGUCACUGAAGGAACUUAGACUUGAUUACAAUUCACUCCUAGACUUCAAUCAGUCUCCGAACAUUGGAACCCCUAUGAGCGAGCUAGCAACACUCAACAUAUCGCAUAACGCGUUGGAAAAAAUAACACCAUUUCUUCUUCAAAUGAAAAUGACGAAUCUAGUUACUGUUGAUUUCUCAUACAAUAGAAUUAAAAGUCUUGAGUCUGGUGCCGUGUCAAGUUUACCAUUAUUACGAACACUUGAUUUUAAGUGCAACUUAUUAUCACAUGUGGAGUUUGGUGCUAUAUCAACUCUUCCUAAACUGAUAUCUGUCGACUUCCGGUUUAAUCAGUUUAACUACGUACCAGAAGGAUUUGUGGAUUGGUUUAUUGUCGAUAUCAACCGAGAAUCAGCUAUUUCUCUCUUUAUGGCAGGUAAUCCAUUCGAAUGUGAGUGUUAUUUCGCUUACCUAGUGAGAGUUACCGGGAAACAAUAUUAUUAUCCAAUCCAAUUAAAUGACGUCAAUGAAUACGUAUGCGAAACACCGUCGUUAGUGAGAGGUACAAAGUUAAUGCAACUUGACAAGAAUAAGUUCUGGUGCCCACUUGAUCCUUGUGUUAUACCAGAAUGUGAAUGCUACAACAGAACAAUAGACAACGGACUAUUCAUUCUUUGUAAUGGCAUCAACACAGUAAGUAAUUUGCAUGCACACCCGUUUCCAGUUUCCAUGGUUAUAUUUGAGUGCAUUGGCUGUUUUGUAAUGGGAUAUGAUUUACCUAACGAUAGUUUUUCCGGUCUCAGGCAUUUGCAAACGCUUAUUUUGAGUAACACCAGUCUGACCUUAAUUAAACCGGGAACUUUUUCCGACUUGUCAAAUCUUGAAACAAUGUCUCUUAAAAAUAAUCAACUGUACGAACUCAGAAGUCGUGAAAUGAUUAAUAUGACGUCAUUGCUAGAUAUAGAUCUGCAUAAUAACAAACUUGAAUAUGUAGAAGAUGAUUUGUUUACGUCAAGUCAAAGAAUACAACGUAUUGACUUGAGUGACAAUAAUCUACAAACACUUCCGGAUGGAUUGUUCAACUCUGCGGAUGAUCUGCAAUCAUUGCGUAUCCAUGACAACCCUUUUAUUUGUAACUGUUCUCUGUUGUGGCUGAAACAGUGGAUGCAAGCAAAUUACCGUAUCGUACAGGACAUCCAGAGCGUUCAGUGUGUUGUAAACGAAACCACAGACGUCUGGGAACCUGUCGUCAAGGUACCCGAUCAAGAUUUUGUAUGUACGAAUGGAAGUGACGUCAUCAUCAAAAUAGUGACUAAUUUGGACGGUGGGUUGCUGGCUGCAAUUUGUUGCACCGUUUUUAUCAUUUUUGUAGUGAUUAUUGUAUGCAUAAGGUACAGGUAUUUACUUCGGGUUCUAUUGUAUACUCGUAUUGGAAUUCACUUUGCAGAUGACGAAGGUGAGAACGAAGGUGAAUUCGUUUACGAUGCAUAUCUUGCAUACAGUGAUGACAACAUUAAAGAGGCUAUCCAAGAUGUAUGCGCCAGGCUAGAGGCAAGGGCGCCACCUUACGUUCUCUGCUUUCGUCAUCGUGACUUUCCAAUCGGUAGCUCCAACGCAUCCACUAUUGUGGAAUCGAUUAACUCGAGCAAGAGAACGAUCAUAUUUCUGAGUGAAAGUUUCCUUCAAAACGAGUGGUGUUCUCUAGAAUUUCAAGUUGCCCAUGCGCAAACUCUUUCAGGAAAACUAAACCGUUUGAUUAUAAUUCUACUUGAAGAUAUACCCAAGGACUUACUGAGCGAAGAUAUUAAACUUCAAAUGACUGUAAAUCGAUGUUUGCGCAUGACAUCCCGUCUGUUUUGGGACCAACUUGUUUACGCUUUACCCAAUAAGAGAAAACAAAAACAAAACCAGAAUGGAUUCGAGCUCAUACCAAAUACAGAUCUUUAGCAGAAGAUACCUGCAUUUUUAUUGUCUUUUUAAGCUUGCAGAAACUAAAAAUAACAACGACCGAAAUUCUCAGAUGUGUACAUAGUAUUGUCCCUAAACUUGUGGGCAAGUCGUUAAUGGUCCGCCGAGGUGGGAUAGUCGAGUUGUGGCGGAGCUCUCGCGAGAUCACUGCUCUUGCGCGAACUGUCCUAUUCACCGUAGUUGUGAGAGCGGUAGUGUCGCGGGCACGCAGUCUCGCAAGUUUUCCGCGGGAAUCGCGGGAGAUUCGGAACGCAAUCACCGCAAUAAACGUUUAACGACUUGUCCACAAGUCUAUACUGUCCCUGAGUCACACAGACAAUAAUAUGUAAUAUGCAUACUAGUUAGUACGUAUAGUGGAUUAGUCAAUUUAAUUAAUUGCUUUGUAAUGUUCAAGUUUGCUGUAACUUCCUAAUGAUUUGGUAUUGAGCCGAUUCAUUUUUCUGAUUGUUAUGUCUUUUUUGAUAGAGUGUUAAAUUUGCAUCGGGGAUAGAGAAUAUUAAUUUUGGUUUUUACCCAUACACCGAUGUGUGUUACCACUGUAUAUACUCAGUACUUUCCCGAGUCCUGUGAAAACAAAUGUAUUUUUUAUAAAUAUUCUAAAUAAUGAACAAACCAUCUUUCUACACUGAAACAAUUCCUCUAACUAUAAGCAAGUUACGUUAAAGCCAUUAUACACUUUCGGUAGACAGUAUUGUCAAAGUCCUAUCAUACACUUCGUGUAUCACAACUUAUAUAUAAAAUAACAAACCUGUGAAAAUUUAGGCUCAA